AUGUUCUCCGUCCUCUUUCGAAGGUGCCAUACCUGUCUCGGUGUGGCAGAUAGUGGACGACCCGAGUUUGAUCUGGACGAGCGGAAUUACCUGAUGUUUCAUGGCCUCGCGAUAUCUGUGCCGCGAUUGCAGACUUCCUCAAAGUGCGCGGUGUGCUCCCUCCUCCUCCGAGCGGUGCAAGAAACUCUCUCCCAAACCUCCAACCUGCUACCAGAUAUGUACGUGAUCGUUCGUGAACGUCUUGCGCUCGGACACAUUUCUGUGGGCGCGAUAGACAGGGAGCGACUUUCUGAUCACGACCGAAAAAAUGUGACGCCUCCCCCGUGUCUUCCAUGCUAUUAUCUGGACACCGCCUGUGGCGAUUGCCUGGAUCGUGACUUGCAGCUCCCCUGGUUGCAUAUAGGUGAUUUUGAAAUCAGUCUUCAGCGCGACUCCGUGCCAUUCCUCAGGACGCUUUUGCCGAAGAGACGUUCAAUCCAGCCGACGGCAUUGGACCAUGAGUGUCUAACCUUGAUCAAGACGUGGAUACAAGAGUGCCGAGCUCAACAUCAGCGAUAUUGUGCUCCUACGCAAGCUACAGUGCUACCGGACCACCUCGUUGACAUCGGAGAAACGCCCGGGUCCAGGAUCCGCGUCGUCUCGUCCGCUGGCCUUCAAGUACCAUAUGUCGCGCUGAGCUACUGUUGGGGGGCAACUGAGAGUAUAAUGACCACGAGUGUGAACAUGAAAGACGGACCGCGCCAAAUUGCGUGGGAGGACGUUCCAGCUACCUUCCAGGACGCAGUCAGAGUUGCGCAGGGCCUAGGUUACCAAUACCUCUGGAUCGACUCGCUUUGCAUCAUCCAAGACACCGAUGAUUUAUUUGUCCAACUGCAGAAAAUGCCCGACAUCUACCAAAAUGCCGUCUUGGUCAUUUCCGCCGACUCAGCUGUCAACACCAUCUCCGGAUUUCUGGCGCAACCCCGACAUCCCUCCAAGAAGAUCCCAGUUCACCCGACGCGCGGAUUGCCCACUCGGUAUCGCAAAGUCUCCAAUGGACUAGAGCUUCUCCUCAAUGACUUAUCAUGUAUCGGUGUCUCCCACCGAUUCUUCGUGCCGGACGGCGACAACGGCAUGAUUCGCGUACCCAAUUCAGAGAUCAUGGUCGCCAGAAACGUUGUCUUCGAGCGGGCGUGGUGUUUCCAGGAGCGAUUGCUUGCAAGCCGGAUCCUGCAUUUCACCGCGGAUGAAAUUGUGUGGGAGUGCAGGACUGAGUCAGAUUGCGAAUGCGGGUGGAUGAAAAAUGCUACCAAUGCCAUCGUGGGCCAAAAGUGUCGUACCCUCAAAGAAACAUUUAACCGUCCAAGGACCCCCAACCCAUUCAUAUCCAAGUCGGCCCGGGAGUCCAACUGGGAAUGGUGGGAGCAGAUUGUCGCAACUUACUCGGCAUGUAAAUUGACAAAAGAUACCGAUCGGCUGCUCGCCAUCUCUGCUGUGGCCACGCAGCUGGAGCGACGGCUGGAGCCUAAGGAAUUGGAACAGGAAUUCUACUUCGCUGGGCUCUGGGGGAGUGCCUUCCCGGAAUGCUUAUUAUGGAGGUCUGCAAAUGAGCCCAGUGAAUAUGACACGCAAACCUCAGCUGCCGUGUUGGAUCAUGCAUUCAGGCCACCACCGCGGGUUCGCUCGGCGGCCGUUACAGAGACAGCGCUGAGGCAGUCCAGAGCUCCCACACACUCUCGGCCCGUUGAUUUUGUUGCACCAAGUUGGUCCUGGGCUUCCGUGAAGGGACCUAUAAAGUUUCUUCCUCGCACAAGCCAGUUUUCUAUCUCCACCAUCCUCGACGUGCAAGUCCAGCCCCGCAGUGGGCAUACUAUCUUUGGUCAACUCGAAUCUGCCUCUCUCCUCUUGCGGGCACCAGCUGUCAAGGCCAAGCUUGAGCUCUACCAUCCGAAGGUCCAGCUAGUCCGAGAGCUAUCGGCCCUGGAAGCGUGGGUGGUGAUCAAUGCGGAAUGUCAAGGCCUCGUCUUUUUGGACGUUUGCAAAGAACCCGAGAGCCUUGGAUCUUCUGGCGAGCGGGACGUCGUCUGCGUCUUCUUGGAUUUCCCCAUAUACUUCCAAGGUCGACCACGUUACCAUGCCUUGGUGCUGGAGCGAUCCACCUUCCCAUCUGGCCAGCGUCAUCAGCGUUGGAAGUACGCCCGCGUGUAUCAUCGGCUUGGGAUAGCCGAAUUUUUCCUGUCUGAGACGCAGAGGGCCGGGUUGGAGAAGUCGAGCCCGCACGGCAAGAACGACAAGCUCGUGGCCCGACCGCCAACCUUCAUCACCGAGAUUGGAGCCGUGCCACAGGUGAUGCAGAUAAUUUGA